AUGAAUGAAGUAGAAAGUAUUAGUUCAAAUUUAAAAGAAAUGACUUAUGAUCAAAAUGAUAAAGUUUUUCAAAAUGUUGAAGACCCUGGUGAAUGGCCUCAUAGUUUAAGUGUUAGAGAGAGAGAUACAAUUAUCGAAAAAGGUCCAAAUGAAAUUUUUAAUUACGAUUUUCCAAUAAAAAUUAGUGACAGUGAGAGGAAGAGAAAAUUCUCAGUUGAUUAUUUUUAUAGAACUUUAUCUAAUGGUGAAAAAGUUGGAUGUAGAUGGUUUGUUUAUUCGAAGAAAAAAGAUGUGGUUUAUUGUUUUUGCUGUAAACUUUUUGGAAAUGCAUGUAAUAGUGGCUUGGUGGAUGAUGGACUUAAGAUUGGAAACAUAUUGCAGAGAGAAUAA